AUGAAGCUGUUCUGCUAGCUUUGUGCUAACCUCAGAGACACAGCAGGGACAGACAGGGCUGUAUUUGUCUCUACUUCAGGAACUAACUUAACAUCAACCUGCAGCUACUUUCUGACAACAACCGCAGAAGAACCGCCUGCAUGUUUACAGCAAAGCAUGGCUGUGUUUGAGAACUGCUCUGUGCUUUUGGAGCUGAAAAAUUUGCUCUUCAAGGAGAAGAAGAAGCUGAAGUCAGCAGUAACAGAGAAUGGAGGCAACAUUUGCUUCGUGGUCAAUAAACAGUGCUCUCUGGUAGUGGCCAGUGAUGUGUCCAAUCUGAGCAGCAACAGGCUGCGUAGCAUCCAGAAAUACCAAACGCCCGUGGUCGGGGUGGAUUAUGUUUACAGCUGUCUGGAGAGAGGAGUACUUCUGCCUGUGGAUGAGUACACGCUGGAUACUUCCUCCCCCUUGGCUUUUUCACCUCCUCUUCCUCCCUCCUCAGUAAGGGGAAGUACACACCCACAGCAAGUGUCCAAAGUACCACAGAGCAAAGCAGUUGAGCCGUCCAAAGGCCCAGCCAAGCCUGUGGACUGGCAGACUCAUGAGGCACACAGUCCGGUGAAGAGCGGAAACGUCCUGGAAAGGUUCAGGAUUUAUACUGGAACUGAUUCCAACCUUCCAAAGUAUCCGGAUCAUUUUCAAGUGGCCAAGUAUUCAAUCUUUGAAAAGAUAAACAGCAACACUUGGUGUGUGCUGGAGCUGCAGAGUUCCAAAAGGGACAAAGAAUGGCAGUACCGUGUGGUCCGGUACUGGAAGGACGAUGUGUUCGCCAAGACAGUGGCGGUGAGGGAUAUGCUGGUGUUUCCGUCCACCUCAGAGGAAGCUCUGGAGGUGUUCAAGGCCCUUAGAGAAACCCUGCAGGCUUCCGGUCUGCAGCUGCGGAGCAACAUCCCUCCACGCGCCCAGGACCUGGGCUCCGCCCCCCUCCAGCAGCUGCUGCUCGAGGAGAAGCUGAACACAGGAAGCUUAUCACAGGAAGUGGGCGUAUUUGUGGAGAUGCUGUGGACUGAGGCCCUGGGUUGCCUCAGCAACAUCCUCAGAGUUCCAGUCGACAAGCUCAGCCUAAAUGAUGUGACCAGGGUGGAGGGCUUGUUGCUUCAGGCUCAGAGGAAGCUCAGGGAGUCAAAUCAUUCUGAGGUGACGCUUCUCCUGGAUGAGGUUUACACCCUGCUGCCGCUCACACAGCCCCGCUUACCUCCCUCUUCCAAGCUCAUCUCUGAGAAACUGGACCUCUGUCAGUUAAUCAGAGAUGUUCUGAACGUGAGUGAGAUGACCCUGAGAAGCCCGGCACCGUCCUGUGUGGGGAAGUACCGCGCUCUGAGGUGCAGCAUUGAGACUGUUCCCCCCAGCAGCUCCGAGUUUCAGGCUGUGAAUGCUCUGCUGCAGGACAGCAAGGUGCAGAUCCAACAGGUCCUGCGUGUCAGCAGAGGUGUGGAGCUUCAGACGUUUAAGAGUGAUCUCGGGAACGUUAAGCCACUCCUCCAUUCCUCCUACCCCAGAAACUUUGUGGGCAUCCUGUCUCGUGGUCUACUGCUGCCCCGUGUUGGAGUGGAGCAUCAUGGGAUAGAGAGAACGGACAUUGGUAAUCUGGGCAGUGGAAUCUACUUCAGUGAUGCUGUUGGCACCAGUCUGAAGUACUCCAGGCCCAGUGCGACGGACGGCUCUCGGUUGCUGUUGGUGAGUGAUGUGGCGUUGGGACGGUGCAGGGACCUCCGCAAGAUGGACGCUACUCUGACCCAGGCCCCUGAGGGACACCACAGUGUGCACGGGGUCCGCCGCACCCCUAACGCUCACUCUGAGUUUGAGGAUGAUGAGUAUGUGGUGUACAGCCCUGAUCAGGUGAAACUGAAGUACGUGGUUCAGUUCAGCAUCGAGGGAGACGAGCUGAAGGAGUUCAGCCCUGCCAUCACCACCUCGGCUGAGCCGUGUCUGCCUUCCUCUGACCAAGGGCUCAGUUCGGAGGACAACGGGGUUGAAAGUAUUAAAAACCCACUGGAGGAUGUGACGGCUGGUCUGUUGGACAGCUCGGGUCAGCAGCUCCCUCUGCAGGCCGUCCAUGUGAAGUGCAAACUGAUGGAUCUGCUUUCUCAGGUCAUCAUUUUCCAGAAAUACACCAAUCUGAGCUCUGUCCCCAUUGAGGCAAAGUAUGUCUUCCCGUUGGAUGAUUCUGCAGCAGUGUGUGGAUUUGAAGCUUUCAUCAAUGGGAAACAUGUGGUGGGACAGGUGAAGGAGAAAGAGAAGGCUCGCAAGGAGUACAAGCAGGCUAUUGAGAGAGGCCAUGGAGCCUACCUCAUGGACCAGGACGCCCCCGAUGUGUUCACCAUCAGUGUGGGCAAUCUGCCUCCCGGCGCCACUGUCCUCAUUAAAGUUACCUUUGUGUCUGAGUUGAUCGUCAGGGAUGGAAAUAUUCUCUUCUCCCUGCCUGGGAGUGUGGCUCCGUGGCAGGAGAGUGCAGCGCUUAACCAGACCACACAAGUCACUGUGGAGAAGGUGUGUGUGACUGAUGAGGCAGAAAGCACGAGAGAGUUCACCCUGGACAUGUCGAUUGAGAUGCCGUAUGAGAUCAGCAACCUGAAGUGCACCACACACAAAGUCAAGAUGAAGAGAACAGACUGUAAGGCAGUGGUGAGCGUGCUGCCAGGAAAGGUCAUGGGUCCAGAAGGUUUCCAGCUGUCAAUCACUCUGUCUGAUGUCCACCUGCCCAGGAUGUGGGUGGAGAAACACCCUGACAAGGACAGCCAGGCCUGCAUGUUGGUGUUCUAUCCAGACUUUGACGCCAGCUCCAGUUCAGCAUCCGACGAAGUUGUCCUGUUGCUGGACACGUCUGAGUCCAUGAAGGGAGAGUCUUUGCGCAUGGCCCAGAGAAUCGCCCUGCAGGUCCUAAAAACCCUCGACCUCAACCUCAGACUCAAUGUCAUUUUCUUUGGCACAGAUCACACAGAAGCUUUCCUGGCAGCACAGCCGCUUUCUGAAGCUCAACAGGCAGCCGAGAGCUUCAUCAAGCGCAACCCUCCAGUAGGGGGCAGCACCGAGCUGUGGCGGCCACUGCGAGCCCUCAGCCUACUGCCUCCGUCCCGCGGAGUCAGGAACCUUCUGCUGCUGUCAGACGGCCACAUCCAGAACGCAGAGCUCACCUUGCAGCUGCUCAGAGACAACACUCAGCACAGCCGCCUCUUCACCUGCGGCCUCAGUCCAACAGCCAAUCGGCACAUGCUAAGAGCCCUGGCUCAGGCAGGGGGUGGAGCCUAUGAAUUUUUCGACACAAAAACCAAACACAACUGGGUUGAUAAGGUGGCGUGUCAGGUGAAGCGUAUGGCGUCCCCUGGCUGCAGUUCAGUGUCAGUGAAGUGGCAGCAGUUCAACCCGACCGCCCCCCCUCCAGUGCAAGCCCCCAAGCAGCUCCAUGCUCUGUUCAAUGACUGUCACACCCUGGUUUACGGCUUUGUGCCACACUGCACUCAGGCCACCCUCCUUGGAAACCUGUGUGGCCAGGAGCUCAAAACCAUGGUGUCAACCAGUGAGCUGCAGAAGACCAGGGGCACAUUUCUUCACAAGCUCACAGCAAGAGCCCUCAUCAGGGAUUACGAAGACGGAAGCCUGGACAACAGUGAAGCCGAACAUGAGGGGAAGAAAGCAGAGUUGAAGAACUUCAUCGUUGAGUUAAGCAAAGAGUUCUCCAUCCUGUCUCAGUUCACCAGCUUUGUGGCCAUCGAGGAAAGGGAUUCAGAAGAAACAGAGGGCUUCACGGACAUCCCCAAGCUGAUCGCAGAGGAAGAUGUGGACUUCCUCCCGUACGUCAGCUGGAUUUCUCCUCAAGAUAGUGAAGAGGAAUGGAUGGUAGCAGAAUGUGUAGAAUUUGAUUCGAUAAUGGACUUUUGCAAUUUUGAUUGUGAAGCAAUAGAUGGGUUUGCAUAUGAAGAAGAGGGAGAAUAUAGCGGGAGUGAAGAGGAUGAAGAUCAAUGUGAGGAUGGCGCGGAAGAUUAUUUGGCGCCAGAAAUGGAUAUUGUACAGGAUCAGUUGCCUGUACGUGACUCCAUAUGCCACAUGAGCAAUGAUCUUCCUCCUCCUGUUUCAUUGUUUCAUGUUCCUCUGUGUCACUAUUCACCUGCACUUCCACCGCUACGCAGCUCACCUUCCACUGGUGCUCCAGCUCCAUCUUAUCUUUCUCCUCCACUCCCUCUCUAUCGUGCUCGCCCUGCUAUGCUGCGACAUCAUCCUCCUCCUCCUUCUUCUCCUCCUCCUCCAUCCAUUCGUCCCAUUGUUGGUCAGCUUUUGUCAUAUGACCCUUCUUCACCUCCUCCUCGUCCUCCUCCUCAUCCAUCCAUUGGUGGUCCCAUUGUUGGUCAGCCUUUCUCAUAUGACCCUUCUCCACCUCCUCCUCCUCCUCCUCCUGCAUCCAUUGGUGCUACCAUUUUUGCUCAGGCUGUCUCAUAUGGUUCUUCUUUGCCUCGUCCAUUUGCUUUCAAUUCUGCUGUUCCUGGCUUUUCCUUCGGAGCUUCUCCACCUACCAGGCGCUAUUUUGGUUCUGCAGCGCAUCCAGUCAAUCUGUCAGUGAAGGAAAAUGUAAUAGAGACUUCCAUGAUCUCCGCGGCAUCUGCAAAGUCUGCAGAUAAUCUGAUUGGUCAAAGCAAAGCAUCACCAGUCUCCGUUAUCACCACUAACACAUCGGGAACCCCAACCGUCUCUCUUCGGUACUCUCAGGAACAAGAUCACAGUUUUGAUUUUGGUUUUGUUGGCUCUAAAUUUGGAGGUGCAUUCUCUAGGACAUCAGAAUCCUCUUCUAGAGUACUUGGUGGUCACGCUGUGAAGUUACGGAAGUGCUCUCGACCUCUGCGUUCUCGCUCUCUCUUUGAGUCAGAACAUCCUGAAGCACUGAAGCUCAGUUGGACAAAGAUCUUCCAGAUGCAGCAUUCAGAGGGCUACUGGGAGUUAACCACAGAGCUGGGAGAAUUAAUAAAUGUCGAUGUAGAUCUCUUUGCCAACGUGUUCCUGAAAAGCAAGGGCAUCAGUUCUCUAGGUGCGAGGGCCCAUGCAGACAUCCUAAAGCUGGUGGCGACACUUCUGGUUCUGCAGCUGAUGAGGGUGAAAAAGCUUGAGGAAGGCAAACUGCUGCGCACCCUCUUCUGCCUGGACGACUCCUCUCAGACCAGGCCUGAGCGGUGGGAGGAGCUGAAAAGAGCGGUGGACUGGGUCUGCUGGGCCGACCGGCAGUACCCAUGUGUCUACAGCCGACUGGAGUUUGGGCUGAGCUGGGAAUCCUCCACGCGUCAGCUGCUGGGCUACGAAGGCCUCCCUCCCUUCUCACCUCUCAGUGGUCUGAACCUGCAGAAGACCGCUGCCCCGUUACUGGUCCACUAAGCGGGCCAGCUGGAGGAGAAGAUAGUGUGAGGGGUUGAGAUUAUCUUUUUAGAUGUAGACUAAUUUCUUUGCCCAAUGUAAAGGACUUUAAACUGUCAGUGUCUUGAAUUGAACCUUCCUAAGUCCCGCCCCUUUUAACUCUGUACUCCAAUAGCAGUUGAGCCAUUGAUCAGAACCUUUCCCGUGCUGAGAUAUGCUACGUGCUAGGCUCGUCUAUGCUGGAAAGACAACCACAUUCUAAAGAUAGCUAAAAGAUAAACACGACAUAUAUUGUCACAUCUUACGUUAGCUAGCUAAUGUUAGCAAAAUG